GCAGAGGGCAAACCGCGCAAACCCACAAACACAUCCACAAGCGCGAACGCCACUGCCAUAUCCGCCACCUGCACACAUCUGCUCUCUCUCCCUUCGCCAAGCCUCAAGAUGGAGCCUGACUUCAAGCGCCCAAAGAUGGCGCAGAUCCCACCAAGCCCCGUCGUGCACAUUCGCUCGCUUCCUCCUCAUACGACGCCCCAGGACAUCCAUGCGGCGCUUGAGCCCUUUGGCGCCAUUGUGAACGUGUCUCUCAUCCCCAACAGAUCUCAGGGUCUUGCCGAGUUCACGGAUGUGCACACGGCGUCCCGCUGCGUCUAUUCGUCGCAGCAAGGAACGCAGCCUGUGUUCGUCAAGGGCCGUCAGGUGUACAUCAACUUCAGCACCAGCCAGAAGGUCCACACACAAGCAGGUGACACUAGCCAGCCGUAUGCCGUUCCGGGCAAGGUGCUGAUGAUGACGGUGAUGAACGCGUCCUACCCCAUCAACGUGGAUGUGAUCUACGCCGUGUGCUCACCACUCGGCCGUGUCCUGCGCAUCGUCAUGAUCCGCAAGAAUGGCGUUCAGUCAGCUCCACCGACAGCGAGGGCGUUGGUUGAGUUUCCUGAUGCCAACACUGCUGCCGCCGUCAUGAGCUCGCUGCAAGGCGCCAACAUCUACCAAGGCUGCUGCACCCUUCGCAUCGAGUACUCAAAGGCUGACCGGGUGAACGUGCGGUACAACUCUGAAGAGACGCGUGAUUUCACCGUGAACCUGCCACCCCCACCCGCUGCGCCUGCACACGGCGGCUACGGCUCGGGCGCACCGCAGCACGGCCACCACCACCACGGCGGUGCUCCAGCACACCAUGCCCCCGACCCGUAUGACCCUUACCGCUCCGGUGGAUACCAGCCCAGGUCUUCUUACCCGCCCCGCGGCGCACAGGCUUCCUGGGGAGGGGAGCGCCGGCCGCGCCCGUGCCCGCCGAGCGUCGUGCUCAUGGUGUACCACAUCAACAAGGGCAGCAUCAGCUGCCAGAAGCUCUUCAACCUCUUCUGCCUCUACGCCAACCCAAUCAAGAUCAAGGUUCUCGUGAGCCGCGACGGUAUGGCAAUGGCCCAGUUUGAGGACCUCGACCAGGCCAAGAGCGUGCUCGAGAUGCUUGAGGGUGUUGAGGUGCAGGGCCAGCGCAUUGAGCUUGGCUACUCCCGCAACCAGGAGCUCACGGAGUCCCCUGCAGAGGUCACCCUUCCCAGCGGCCUUCCGGCCAUGGAGGAUUUCCGGGAUGCGCAGAAGCACCACAUGCGCUUCAAGGACGGCAAGCCCGAGCCUGGCCUGGAGGUGAGCAAGCCCACUGCCACCCUCAAGUUCUACGACGUCCCAGACAACUUUUCUAAGGACGACGUCAACAAGAUUCUUGGUCUCUACGCAGCCCCCUCUCCGAUGGAGGUCACCGUCGAGCGCGAUGAGAGCGGCAAGGUGUACGGGUACCUCAAGUACCACUAUGCCAACCAGGCGACCGACGCCGUGCUGGUGUGCAACAACGUGAAGAUCCCGACUGCUGACGGCGAGCAGAGUGACGCCAUCUUCAAGCUGUCGUUCACCUCCGAGGGCGACGCGUCCUCUGCCCCGGCUGCCGCCAACACCGCCAGCAGCGAGCAGGCUGCCCCCGAGGCCAGUGGCGAUGGCGCCGCCACCACGGACGCGGCUGCUCCUGAAGCAGAUGCGGCGGCAACGACAACCACCGCAGCUGACGGUGAUGAUGGCGCCGACGGUGCCGCUGAGGCAACCGCAUGAAGUGGAGGACGGACAUGAGGCGCGGUGGACUGUACCGGUGGUGCUGGUGGCGAUGGUGUGGAUGAUGCAGGUUAGGUAUCCGUUGCUGGUGUGUUGAGUACGUCCGCUCAAGAAGAUGAGAACAGGCAUCCUCGGCACACUCCACGUCUUUGCGACGCGCCCCUUCUUCGGGUAUGGUGCAUCCAACAACAACAACAACAACAACAACAACAACAACAACAACAACAACAACAACAACAACAACAACAAACGUUGUGCAUUGCUGCAGCACAAGGACAAGCGCACUUCAUAGCUUCAACCACCUUCACCUUCAGCUCCAUCAACCACCACCACCACGUUCAUCCUCCACAAGCAUCCAACCCACCAACCCAACACGCGCCUCGCCACGCACAACCAACACCCCUCUCCCUCUGUUGCCCUACCUGUCGUCUCUUCUCCUGUAGAUGUCGUGUUGUCAUUGCUUGGUGCAUUGUCGACAACUUGCAUCCCACCUUCUUUGUCGUGUGUGUGUGUGUGUGUGUGUGUGUGCUUGAUUCUCGUCUCAUCGUUGACCAUGCACCCCAGACCUUCAUCCAUCCCCAUACAAACAUCCAUCCAUACAUCCAUCCAUACAAGCAACAAACAUACAUUUGAAACCUCCCAAAACAACAGCCACCGCUCUGUUUUGCGCACACUACAUCACAAGCCAGACUACCCCUUUGUCGUGUAUUCCUAGCUGACGGUGUAGUGUAAUGUCCUUUGUCUUGAGACUCGCUCAUCUGUGUCGCACGCACACACACACACACACACGCACACACACACAUGACGCUCCAAUUUCUAAGCAACAGUAUCAAACCACGCAUGCGCACCACACACAAGCGUCGGAACAAAUGCAUUGCAUUGCACUCUUUCCCAACCACAACACCACGUGCAAACAUGAUUGUCAACAAGCACACGAUGCACGCAUGGUAGAGUACUCCCUACUCCCAUCAACCACACCACCAUCAGCAGGUGUGCUGGUUGCCGCUAGCUGCUGGUGGUGCGCGGCUCGCCCUGCGACCGCUGCGUCUUGGCUCGCUUGACAUCAUCGUCAUCCUCAAGCGACAAGGACGACGGUGCUGUGGCAGCCUGCUGCGGCUUCGUUGCGACAAUGGCAAAGUUCCUGGACGACACGGCCGGGUCAAAGAGGGCAACGAUGUCGCAUGCCAUGCCGCGCUCGCACAGGUACAGGGCACGGUCGCACAGGAGCAAGGUCUCCACCACUGUGGCCACAAGCACGCGCAGUGCAUACACGCCGACAACUGCAUUGUGCAGAGGUGAGCAUGCGUUGUACACGUGGCGAAGCAUGUCCUCGUCAGCUUGUAACAGGUCCCAUCGCGGCUGCUGUUGUUGUUGUUCUUGUUGUUCUUGCUGCUCCUGCUCCUGCUGACGGUCCUGCGUCAGUUGCUUGGUUUGCCCCUGCCCUUGUGUGCGCUGGUCAUACUUCCGCUUGAGUCGACGCAUCACCUCUGUUGCGAAACCAAUAAAGUGCUGCACAUCACCA